AAGACCAAUGAAUGGCUAAAUCCACAAUAGGGCGGUCACAAUCAAUCGUUACGGGUAUAUCAGGUUUAAAUUAUAUAGGUCUAUCCAUCAUCUCUGAUAAAUAUGGUCAGGCGUCUGAGUGGAUGAAUUCACGACGAUCGGAUAUAGCAGAUUAAAAUAGUUCUCUGACGCUGAUUUAAGAAAUUUGAGGCUGACCCUUUUUCGUCAUGAACCAACGCCGUUACGUCGGAAGGAGCCGCAUCAAACGGUUUAGUAAUGCGUUUAUUAGACCGAUCAACUAAUAUUAUCUGCUCGAUGUGGGUAAUAAUAACGCGAGAGUUUGCAAGUUGCCUUAAGACUGGAGUUGCAACUGCCAAAGGUGGAGUGGAUCCGCGCAUGACCCGACACACACUACUGUAGUACUGUACACGGCAGAGGGGAUAUAUCGAUAUAAAAAACAACGAAAUAAUCCAGAGCCACCCAGCCGGACCGGCGUGCCGCGAAGCUCGGCAGGUGUGUGUGUGAUUGCCAUGUAACUUAACGUUGAGGAAAACGCCUACUGCGAGCUGCCUAUCGCCUGACCCCCACGUGGGUGACCCGGCUGCCCUGCCGCCUGUGCUGGGGGACUCCCAACAGUUCAGGUCAUGGAGAGUCUGGGUGGCUCCAGGUUUGGGAAGCUAUCCUCCUCAGGGCUCCCUCGGGGCCGGCCCCCAAAGCAUGGUCACCCGCAAGAGGCUGUCAAAAGCACCGCAGGCGCAGACAACAACAAACACGGUACUUUGUGUGGUGAGUCAUUCGAGGGGAAGAGGAAAGGUCGUCCUAAAGUGGACGUUCAGGAACUCAGGAGUAUCCCUGCCCAUAUGAUAGUACAGUGGAAGGAAGAGUUUAAGCGUCGCUCCAGGGUAAAGUGUCCGUGCUCGGGCUGCUGGUUAGAGUUUCCCAGCAUCUAUGGCGUCAAGUACCACUACCAGCGCUGCCAGGGGGCCCCUCUAUCAGAGAAGAUGAGCCACAGCUGUCCCUAUUGCGAGGCGGUGUUUGCCACAAAGGUGCGCCUGCAGAAGCACACGCUGUGGAACCACCCAGACAGGGUGAGCGUGGAGCCCAAGGGGGAGCAGCCCAAGCUUCAGAAGACCCCUUUCAAGGCCAAUGCCAAGAAGAGGCCCAUGGAGAACAGCCCACCCUCCCCGGUGUUCUUCAAAGUGAAAAAGACCCACGAAGCGUCCACGCCCUCUCACAACGGCGAGUUGCCCCCACACCGAGGCGAGCGGAAGCCCCACGUCCACAGCCAGGCCCCCCUGCCGGUCGUCCACGCGCCCCAGCCGGUGCUCCAGCCCCAGUCCCACCAGUCGGAGCGCUCCCCGAGCACCUCGUCCGACAACGGGGGCAGCGAGAGCGAGGGAGGCAGCCUGCCGCCCCCCCUUCCUGACGAAGACCCCGAGCGGAUGAAGCAUAGACGGAAACAGAAAACACCCAAGAAGUUCACCGGCGAGCAGCCCUCCAUCUCGGGAACAUUUGGCCUGAAAGGUAUGACCAAGGUGGAGGAGAAGCUGAAGGCAGGCCGGGGGAAGAGACCAGAGGGGAGUGGCUUCAGUGAGGAACCCCAGAGAAGACCCAAUCACAGUCAGCCAACCAAGAAAGACCCGGCUCCAGCUGCUUCUGGGCCUCCUUACGACACACAAUGGCAGCAUUCUAUCUCGGAGCGAGGUGAGGUGGUGUGUCCCAACUGCUCCAUUGUCACCCGGAAGACGGUCGCUGGCCUGAAGAAACACAUGGAGAUCUGCCAGAAGCUCCAGGAUGCCCUGAAGUGCCAGCAGUGUCACAAGCAGUUUAGAUCAAAAGCCGGCCUCAACUACCACACCAUGGCUGAACACAGUACCAAGCCCUCGGGGAGCGAAGGCCAGGCGAGGGACGAGCAAGAGGAGAGAGACAGGCUGCGGCGAGUGCUCAAACAGAUGGGCCGAAUCAAGUGUCCUAGUGAGGGCUGCUCGGCUCACUUCUCCAGUCUGAUGGGCUACCAGUACCACCAGAAGCGGUGCGGGCGGGACCUCUCGGAGGACCAGAAGCCUGUGUUCCUGUGCCAGCACUGUGGGAAGACCUACCGCUCCAAAGCCGGCAGGGACUACCACAUACGCACCGAACACCCACCCGCCGCCGCUGCAGACAGCCACAACAACAACAACAGCGCUAACAACCACGACGACAGCACCACCGACACCAACAACAACACAGGCAAAGAGAGGGUGAUCCCUGAAGAGACCCCGCCCGCUGGCCGGAAGGAGCAGGCCGAGCAAAGGGAGUGGCAGGAGAAAGCAGCCCCCGCCCGGCACAAGGAGGAGUGGGGGAGCAGGGACGCUGAAGGAGCCAGAGAGCCGGAGCCAGACAGGGCAGGAGUGGCGGCGAGCGAGAGCCUGGGGGAGGACUUUGAUCGGACGCCCAGUGGCAGGGUGCGGCGCCGCUCCGCCCAGGUGGCGGUCUUCCAUCUGCAGGAGAUCGCCGAGGACGAGCUCGCCCGGGACUGGGGCACCAAGCGCCGCAUCAAGGACGACCUGGUGCCCGACAGCAAGCGGCUAAACUACACCCGCCCGGGCCUCCCUAACUUCAGCUCUGAGCUGCUUGAGACGUGGAAGAAUGAAGUCAAGGAGAAGGGCUUCAUCAGCUGCAGCAAUGGAAGUUGUGAAGCAGUGUACUCCAGUGUGUCAGGACUCAAAGCCCAUCUAGCAAACUGCAUCCAGGGAGGUGGUGAAAUGGGCAAGUACACCUGUCUAAUCUGUCAGAAGGAGUUCAGCUCAGAGAGCGGUGUCAAAUACCACAUCAGCAAGACACACUCGCAGAAUUGGUUCCGUGCGGCAGCAAGCCAUGUGGUCAGCACCAGCAGCAGCAGCAGCAGCAACAGCAGCAGCAGCAGCAGCAAGGCUAAACCGCUGGAGAACAGCGACGAUGUCAAAGCAGAGGUGAAAAACAGCACCGCCCUGGGGAAGAAAAGAGGCCGCAAGCCCAAAGAGCGCCCUCCUGUGGCCGAGCCGGGUGAGGCAGAGACUCCUCCGACGCCACUGAGUAGUACCACUCCAAACUCCAUGCUGAGCCCUUCCCUGGACGUUACACCCACCCUCACCGACACACCGAGCCCCACGGACAGUGAGAGUCCACUGGACAACAGACAAGCCAAUGGUUACGCCACCAAACGGGGUAAAUCCAAAAGGCUUUCCUUAGAGUAGUACUGCUUUUUAAGCGGAUUGCCGAACUGUUUAUACUUUAACAGGAUUUUUAAAGACCCUGCGAAUGCCACAAGGACUUGGCACGGAGAAGAUCACUAGGUCAACCAACAAGGAGUAAAUCAUUACAUAGGGACUGAGAAUUAGUUUUAAACAGUUACUAUAAUAUAAACAAACUUAACCAUAGUGUUUUCUUUUGUUUAUCCAUUCAAUUUCCAGCCUCCAUUCAAAGGGACAUGUUUAAUUUGUUCUACUCACAACCAAUGUUGAUUGUAAACAAUGACAAAUUACUAAUUUCUACAUGAAUCGUUUUUUCUUUCUCUCUUUUUUUUACUAGAAUAGUGUUCCAAAUUAAGUGAGUGUAAUUCUAUCUACAGGUCUUUAGGUUGUUGUGUUUUGAGAGAUUUUUAACAGGAUAUUCUAUUAGCAUGGUGAGAUCAUUUACUCAGUGUUUUCCCCUUUGUCCAGAUAUACUGUAGUGUACAUAAAACAAUAUCUAUACUUAUAUAUCUAUAUACUCAAAGCAAUGAUGCCAUCUAUACUUUUUCGAAGCCAACAGGUCAAAUUAGCUCAUAAGCAAUCUGAAUUAUUUUGCGUGUGUGCUCAGUGCAAUGUUGUAUUGAUCUUGAUUUAUUUGGAGCUUUUUCCCAUUAAUUAGCUUUUGCCUUUUAUUUCUUAUGAUUUCUAACACCCAAAUAUCAAGUUAAAUGUAAGCCUGUUGUGAGUUGUUAAUCAUCUUAUCUACCUAUUUUGCUAUGCUUUCUUUUUUGGUUUGUCCGAUUUAAUUUCACUUCAAUGACAUACAUGUUUGGAAUGACAUUUUAACCCACAACGUGAACGGUAUACGGCGUUACAGUGAUGACCAUGAGUUUCGGGCUUCGUUUCAUGGUUCUGGUGGAUGAAGCUAAAGCAUUUAAGACGUCCCCCGGCAAGGCUUGCGGCAUUAGUAUAUGUUAAAAUUACAUUAAUAUAUUAUUUGACUGACUAUACCUAAUAUUAAUUGUAUGUUUAUGGUCCAAGAGUGGUUGGAAAUAGAAAUACAGAUAGAAGAAGCAAUCAUGAGAAAGGCCUGUUGCACCAUUGCAGCACAAUCAAAUGAGAUGCCACCAUUUUAUGUGCGGCUUAAUACCCUUGGCUACUAGUCCUUUUGCUUAAAUCAAAGAGUUGCUAUUAUCUUUUGUAGAGUGGUUGAAGUUCAUAAUAUUUUAUGAGACAAAAGAACGAUUUGCGAAAUAUUCAAAUAUUAUGUAUAUUAUAAAUCAAUUCCUUGUUGGUAAAAACGAUUUUCUUGCACUUUAACCCUUAACCCCACCCGCUUCCUUUUUUUGUAUUUUUGCACUCCUAGAGUAUCCAACCUAACGCAGUGGCUGUAAGAGGCAGAAGAAAGGCUGUCUUACGCUUAUAAAUCUAAACUAGAGUUUAAAACAUUUAUUUGGAUUGGUAAUGAGAGGCUUGUUCAACUAUUUGUAGUUGUUAUCUGAUCCAACGUGACCAUACAUACAAAGCCAUAACUGAUCUCUAACAGUUGAUAGUAAAAUAUCUAAGUUCUAUUAAAUGAAUUUAAUUUAUCGAUAAAUCCUAUUGAGUGCAAUCCGAAUAUGCUAUUUUGACUCGAAAACUUUGAAGCAGAUACUUGAAUCCACAGUUGUAUGUACUGUGUAUGUCCGUAUUAAAUAAUAGCUUGCUUACUAAAAAAGGAGAGCUCGUUGACAGGUUAUAAGUCUAUUUUAUAUUGUGUGUAUUACCUAGGUAGCAUUCGGUUAGCAUUAUGGGAAGAGGGGAGGACUGAGAACCUUCUAGUGAGAUGCAUUAUGGGAGGAGGGGAGGACUGAGAACCUUCUAGUGAGAUGCAUUAUGGGUGCUUUACUUGCCACUCUACCUUAAGGACUGCUGCAAAGAUCUGGUCCUGCUCAGGCAGUCCACUAGUUCAUCUUGCCACAUUGUCAUCUUACUACAAACCGAUAAUCACAAAUGAUUAUGGGAUUGCAUCCAACUAUAACAAUAAGCAACAUGAUUAUUUUGGAGACGUGUAUCUAUACCCCAGGUGAUAUCACCAGGUGGUGGCACCUUAGACUUUACGUUGAAACAUAACAAUUUUUUACUGAAUACCGCCAGCUUGAAUCCACCAAUGGGGUUUAUUCAGGAAGGGGGGAGGGGGGGAAUUAUGCAUGUGUCUGUCUGUACUAGGAUGGGCGUUCCCCAUAUAUCCAGGGUGGACUACUGGAGAAGGGAAGUUAAGAGAAGCACUGAUGGUCCUCUGACCCGAAUCGAACUGUCCAAAACUUGGACACCGAGCUGUGCUAGCAAGCGAGUUGGCACCUUUACAAUGACUGGAUGCGAGGAAAUGGUAGCACUUCCUCCAGGAGGGUUGAGCUGUGGCACAAACAUCAUUUUAUCAGUUGCUUGUUAUUCGUUUCAUUGACUACGUCACAUUGAAAAUGUUUACCUAACAAGCUUUGGUGUUGCAAUAUGAUAGUUUAGCACUGCUUUUAUCAGUGGAUAUUUUCUAUUUUGUCACUCCCUUUACUAUUUGUCUUCCUAUUAUUGGGAAAACACUUAUCCCGCAGUAUGAGCUAACUGCAACAUGUCUAGAGAAUACAGCAAUACACCAUAUUUAGCUGGUUUUGUUGGCUUGCUGAUAUUUUGAUAUCGAUGUAUGUAUUCUCAACAAUUGUAUAGCUUUUUUUUCACUUUCCUGCUUCUGUUUGUUUGCUUUGAAAAUGCUUUUACAUAUAUUUGAAGAAAAAAAUGUUAUUGAGAAAAAUAUGUCCACAAACAUCUAUGUAGGCCUAUAUGUUGGCAUACAUUGUUCUUUUUUUUUUUUUUCAAUUAUGGGAUACACAUCACUUGCAUUUUGUCUCCAUAUACACAAUGAAAACACAUCAACAAUUCCUUAUAUCCAAUAUGGGACAAGAGGUAUGUAUGCGUGUUUGUUUCUGUAUUUAGUGCACUUACUAUCCCAUGAAAUAGGCUUGAAAUAGGAGUGUUGUUGGAGCUUCAUAGUUACCUGGACUCUGUCGUGUGACUUUUGUACCUGGGAAAACUGCAGGCUCAAGUGUCUUCCCUUUGUCAGCAACGUUAUCUUUCCAACACUGGUUACAUAUUUUAGAUCCCCUUAGAGUCAGAUCCUUCCAUUUACUCUAAACAAGCGUAGUUCAUUUAAGCCUAUGUUAAAUGUAGAAAAUGACAUCCACCCAUAUUGUAAGACAUUGUUUGAUUUAGGAUAUAAAUAUAUAUUGAGUUCAAAGACAUGAGUUAAAGAAAUGUUGUAGACUAACUGCCAUUGGUAUGUAGGUUACAGGUGAAAUGAAACUAAUGAUCUUCUGUUUGUAUUUAAGGUUUCCAUAUAAGAAAUUAGGUUGUUUCGUAUCUAACAUUGAGGUGAAAACACACAUCCUUUAAUUCUAAGCUUACAUUUCCCCCAAACAUGUUGUAUUUCAUGUGCAUUAAUAACCCUCGACUACUUAAUAAAAUGUUGUUGACUAAA